CGUCGCCCGCCGCCGCUGGUGCGGAGCGUGGGGAGCACUGGGACACAGCCCUCGCCUGCCGCGGAGGGUCCUGCUCCGCACUGCUGGUCAGGCCGCCCGGUGCCCGGGCCUCUCCGUCCUUGGAGCUGAUCGUUGCCCUCCGGGCGCCCUCCCGCAGCAACAGCAACAGCCAGAGCAGAGGCCGCGGUGGCGGCUGUGCCCAUGCCGGGGCUGGUGUUUUCCAGGUGCCUGGAGAUAGAGAGAGGCCAGCACCUAUUAAUUCAAGAAACCCCCAGUGAGUCACACUGCUGAGUCCUAGUCAUAUCUGGAAGAAGAGUUCUAACUUGUUCUGACGUGGGAGAUGGCAGUGGACUUUGCUCUCUUUUCCUAAACCCUUCUGAACAUGAGGCUGUGAAACCCCACAGAACAAGUAGACCAAAGGGUUCCAUCUGAACCUGCUAAGGAAGCUGCUCAGGGUAGCAACAAGGUGUCCUAGUGUGGGUGGCUGGGACUCACCUCCGGCCAUCAAACAAGCACUUGAUGCCUGAGGGCUCUGGUCCCAACUGAGCCCUAAUUCCUGCUUUGUGAAUCAGGUGUUCACACUUAACCUCUUUCCCACCACCACCUUGCCUCACCUCAGCACUGGGAUCUUAGGUGGCCACCUGUCCCUAGCUACAACUGAGUCGAAGCUGCACCUGUGAGGAGGCCUGACAGACAGGAUGGGUGACAUGGCGAACAGUUCCAUUGAGUUCCACCCCAAGCCCCAGCAGCAGCGGGAAGUGCCCCAUGUGGGUGGCUUUGGGUGCACACUAGCAGAGCUACGCAGCCUCAUGGAGCUCCGAGGUGCCGAAGCACUGCAGAAGAUCCAGGAAGCCUAUGGAGAUGUCAGCGGGCUGUGCAGGAGGCUGAAGACCUCGCCUACUGAGGGCCUGGCAGACAACACCAAUGACUUGGAGAAACGCAGGCAGAUCUAUGGGCAGAACUUCAUCCCCCCCAAGCAGCCCAAGACCUUCCUGCAGCUUGUGUGGGAAGCCCUGCAGGACGUGACUCUCAUCAUCCUGGAGGUGGCUGCCAUCGUCUCCCUGGGCCUCUCCUUCUAUGCACCACCUGGAGAGGAAAGCGAAGCCUGUGGGAAUGUGUCUGGUGGGGCAGAGGACGAAGGAGAGGCUGAGGCUGGCUGGAUCGAGGGGGCUGCCAUCCUACUCUCUGUCAUCUGUGUGGUGCUGGUCACGGCCUUCAAUGACUGGAGCAAGGAAAAGCAGUUCCGAGGUCUUCAGAGCCGUAUUGAGCAGGAACAGAAGUUUACUGUCAUCCGAAAUGGGCAGCUCCUCCAGGUCCCUGUGGCAGCACUGGUGGUGGGGGACAUUGCCCAGGUCAAAUAUGGAGACCUUCUGCCUGCCGAUGGUGUGCUCAUCCAAGGCAAUGACCUCAAGAUCGACGAGAGCUCCCUGACUGGCGAGUCGGACCAUGUGCGCAAAUCAGCAGACAAAGAUCCUAUGCUACUCUCAGGCACUCAUGUCAUGGAAGGUUCUGGAAGAAUGGUGGUAACAGCUGUUGGUGUGAACUCCCAGACAGGCAUCAUCUUUACAUUGCUUGGAGCUGGUGGAGAGGAGGAGGAGAAGAAAGACAAGAAAGGCAAGCAGCAGGAUGGGGCGAUGGACAGUAGCCAAACCAGAGCUAAGAAGCAGGAUGGGGCUGUUGCCAUGGAAAUGCAGCCCCUGAAGAGUGCUGAGGGUGGGGAAAUGGAGGAGCGAGAAAAGAAGAAAACCAACGUACCCAAGAAGGAGAAGUCAGUUCUGCAAGGGAAGCUCACAAAACUGGCUGUGCAGAUUGGGAAAGCAGGGUUGGUGAUGUCUGCCAUCACUGUCAUCAUCCUGGUCCUCUACUUUGUGAUUGAGACCUUCGUCGUGGAUGGCAGGGUGUGGCUGGCAGAGUGCACACCUGUCUACGUGCAGUAUUUUGUGAAGUUCUUCAUUAUCGGAGUCACUGUGUUGGUUGUGGCUGUCCCUGAGGGCCUGCCUCUUGCUGUCACUAUCUCCUUGGCUUACUCUGUCAAGAAAAUGAUGAAGGAUAACAACCUGGUACGCCACCUGGAUGCCUGUGAAACCAUGGGCAAUGCCACGGCCAUCUGUUCUGACAAGACGGGCACACUCACCACCAACCGCAUGACCGUGGUCCAGUCUUACCUAGGAGACACUCACUACAAAGAGAUUCCAGCUCCCAGCGCCCUGACCCCCAAGAUCCUUGACCUUCUGGUCCAUGCCAUCUCCAUCAACAGUGCCUACACCACCAAAAUACUACCUCCAGAGAAGGAAGGCGCUCUCCCACGCCAAGUGGGCAACAAAACAGAGUGUGCUCUGUUGGGCUUUGUCCUGGACCUGAAGCGAGACUUCCAACCUGUACGGGAGCAGAUUCCAGAAGAUAAGCUUUACAAAGUGUACACCUUCAAUUCAGUCCGCAAGUCCAUGAGCACAGUUAUCCGCAUGCCUGAUGGUAGCUUCCGCCUCUUCAGCAAGGGAGCCUCAGAGAUCCUGCUCAAAAAGUGUACCAACAUCUUAAACAGCAAUGGUGAACUCCGAGGAUUCCGUCCUCGGGACCGGGAUGACAUGGUGAAGAAGAUCAUUGAGCCUAUGGCUUGUGAUGGCCUCCGCACCAUCUGCAUUGCCUACAGGGACUUCCCUGCGAACCAGGAGCCCGACUGGGACAACGAGAAUGACGUGGUGGGUGAUCUUACCUGCAUAGCUGUCGUGGGCAUCGAGGAUCCUGUACGACCUGAGGUCCCUGAAGCCAUUCGCAAAUGCCAGCGUGCUGGCAUCACAGUCCGUAUGGUGACUGGAGACAACAUCAACACUGCCCGGGCUAUUGCAGCUAAGUGUGGCAUCAUCCACCCAGGCGAAGACUUCCUGUGCCUGGAAGGAAAGGAAUUCAACAGAAGGAUUCGAAACGAGAAAGGCGAGAUAGAACAGGAGCGGCUGGACAAGGUGUGGCCCAAGCUGCGGGUGCUCGCCCGAUCAUCUCCCACUGACAAACACACUCUGGUCAAAGGCAUUAUCGACAGCACAACCGGUGAGCAGCGGCAGGUGGUGGCCGUGACUGGGGAUGGCACCAAUGAUGGGCCAGCUCUCAAAAAGGCAGAUGUGGGCUUCGCCAUGGGCAUUGCAGGCACUGAUGUGGCCAAGGAGGCCUCUGACAUCAUCCUGACCGAUGACAACUUCACCAGCAUUGUCAAAGCGGUCAUGUGGGGUCGCAAUGUCUACGACAGCAUCUCGAAGUUUCUGCAGUUUCAGUUGACAGUCAACGUGGUGGCUGUGAUCGUGGCCUUCACAGGUGCCUGCAUCACUCAGGACUCUCCUCUCAAAGCUGUGCAGAUGUUGUGGGUGAACUUGAUCAUGGACACAUUUGCCUCACUUGCCCUGGCAACGGAGCCCCCAACUGAGUCACUGCUGCUGCGGAAGCCAUAUGGCCGGGACAAACCCCUCAUCUCACGUACCAUGAUGAAGAACAUCCUUGGCCAUGCAGUCUACCAGCUCACCAUUAUCUUUACCUUGCUUUUUGUUGGAGAGCUCUUCUUUGACAUUGAUAGUGGAAGGAAUGCACCCCUGCACUCGCCACCCUCAGAGCACUAUACCAUCAUUUUUAACACCUUCGUCAUGAUGCAGCUUUUUAAUGAGAUCAAUGCUCGCAAGAUUCAUGGUGAGAGGAAUGUCUUCGAUGGCAUCUUCAGCAACCCCAUCUUCUGCACCAUUGUCCUGGGCACCUUUGGAAUUCAGAUUGUCAUCGUCCAGUUUGGUGGGAAGCCCUUCAGCUGUUCCCCACUGUCCACAGAACAGUGGCUCUGGUGCCUAUUUGUUGGUGUUGGGGAGCUGGUCUGGGGACAGGUCAUUGCCACCAUCCCCACCAGCCAGCUCAAGUGCCUGAAGGAAGCAGGACAUGGGCCUGGGAAGGACGAGAUGACUGAUGAGGAGCUGGCUGAGGGAGAGGAGGAAAUCGACCAUGCUGAGCGAGAGCUCCGCAGAGGCCAGAUCCUCUGGUUCCGGGGCCUCAACCGGAUCCAGACACAGAUCCGGGUGGUGAAAGCAUUCCGUAGCUCACUUUAUGAAGGCCUUGAGAAACCGGAAUCCAAGAGCUGCAUCCAUAACUUCAUGGCAACGCCCGAGUUUCUGAUCAAUGACUACACCCACAACAUCCCGCUCAUCGAUGACACAGAUGUGGAUGAAAAUGAAGAGCGACUGAGGGCCCCGCCUCCCUCACCCCCUAACCAGAACAACAACGCCAUAGACAGCGGCAUCUACCUGACCACGCAUGUCACCAAGUCAGCUACCUCUUCAGCAUUCUCUUCCAGGCCUGGGAGCCCACUCCACAGCAUGGAGACAUCCCUCUAACCAGAACUUCUGUCAUCAUACAUAUAUACAUACAUGCACACAUACACACACACAGAGUCUCUCUCUCUCUCUCUCUCUCUCUCUCUCUCUCUCUCUCUCUCUCUCUCACACACACACACACACACACACACACACACAGUCACACAUGCACACAUAUGUGCAUGUACACACAGAAAGGGGAACCUUGCACCUGCCAAAGAGGGAAAACCUGCUAAAGAGGCUAAAGACUUUUCUUAUGUGGUAUUUGCAAGAAGCCAAUUGCGUUCAAUAAGGGCACAGCCCCACUAGGCUUCUCAUUAGGCUCCCAGGAGGUGGAGGAAGGAGGAAGAAGGAAAAGGGAGGAGAGGAAGUUCUUCACCCAAUGUGAAGAAAAAAAAAAGAGAGCAUGAGACAAGAUGCACUUUCCAUCUUUUUUUUUUUUCUACUGAUGCUUCUUUUUUAAAAAACACUAGUUCCACCAUGUGUUCACCAUUUGGGCUGUGCAGCAUGGCAGGGGCUAGCUGAGCCUAUUUGGAGCUUUACCAUAACACACACACACACACACACACACACACACACACACACACACACACACACACACACACACAUAGAAGGCAGUCAUUGUGCAGACCGGCCACCGGAGGGAGCCACCUGCAAAGGUACCUUCUACUGCAAAGCACACUAGACCCAUCUGCAAACCGCAUGUGUGUGCGUGUGUCUAUAUGUAUGUGUGUCUAUAUGCAUAUACAUAUAUAUAUAUGGCAAAUGCAUAUUUAAAGAAUAAGGAACUAUUUAUCGGCAUGAUAUUUCCAUUCCUCUCACCAGGCGUUUUCCUUUUGAAGUUUCAUUUUUGAAUGUAGCAAGGUUCUUUUCAGGGAACAAGACUGCAAGAACAUCCUUUCAGUGCUGUACUUCCCUCCCCAAGCACCUGGCCUGAGGAUGUCCAUGCUUGACCCUGCUGAUUCCAGAGGAGGCAGUCUGGAGUGUGUUGUGCAAGAACCUUUGCACUUUGAGACCUCUGACUACAGAGGAAAAAGACUUUUCAAUGGCAUUUUAUUUAAAAGGAAAAUACCAAAGUAUUGAUGACAAUACCCCCCCCCCCCAGUAUGAAGCAAAGCAAGUUUUAGUUUUGGCUUCCUCCCAUUUCGUUUCCAACACCUUCAUUUUGGCUAAUGGCUUUCUUUGUCCAAGUUUGAAAGCAUGAAGAACCUUAUGAACAGCUGUGAUAGAGCAGAGACAGACGCCAGGCCUAACUGCUACAAAGGCCACCUGAGGAAGAGGGGUCAUCAAAAUCAAGAUGCCAACUGCAAGGACAGUCCAGGUUCAUCUCUGUCAUUCCUCUAAACUUUCACUUUGUGCUUUGGCAAAUGACAGUGAGUACUCACUGGACCACCUCCAUGUCUGCCAAGGCAUGGGCGUGCCACCCACCAAAGCUUGCUUCCAACCCAGGUCUUCUUGCCCACAGGGGAAAUACAACCCAGAAGGCAACACUAUAGAAACAGAGCCUGAUGGAAAAAUGACCUUCAUUACUGUUGUCAUUGCUGUUCUCUUGCUGGUGGCUCUUCUAGGCCUGUGGGGGGCUAAGCACUGGGUCUACAGGACUUGGGCCCACCAAGGCAGGUGAGGCUAGGAAAGCAAGGUCUGGGAUCCAGGAACCUAUCCCAUCAGUGUGGGCAUCCACUGGACCAAGCCUGCUUUCCUAGAAAAAGUGAUAACCUGAGGAAAGAAGGCAGAGGAGAGAGGUCUAAUGUCUGCUGCCCUGCAGGGAAGCCCAAGCUGAUGAGUCUCUUUCUAGUGGAAAACUGACCCUCCCCUGUGCUUCUAGAUCCUGAAUCUGGACACCCACAAUGACACCAGUGAAAUGGGCAGCAUCCUGCCCUUGAGGUUCCUUCACCUUCUGAACUUAUGAGUGUCACACUUUGCAGAAAGAUGUCUAGAAUCUCACUCCACUCCCACACAUGCUUGUCACUUGGCCCCGAGGUUUUCUGGCAGGAGACAGAUGUGAGCUAAGAGAUGGAGGGUAAGGACAAGCACCCUCAGGAGCUGCAUUUGCCCCACUCCCAUCCCACACCACCACACAGAAAGCUUGUCUCAGCUCCCAGGCAUCCACACAAAGUCUAAUGGAAAUGUGCUUUGUCCUCACUGGUCACACCAAUGCCAUGUCACCCCUGAACAGGAUAGUCACAUCUCGGGCAAAAGAAUUUCAGUUACAAGAGAAACUCCACUUUAAAACGCCAGCUACAGAUCACUUAAAGCCAUCCCUUUUUUUCUAAAGGGCAUAUUGAGAAUGUUUCCCAUUUGUAAAUUGUUCCCUGAUGUCCUUGUUUAAACCACCACAACAAAAGGGCAACUUGGCUGGCUGAGGGUCUUUGUGUUCUUCAACAAGAAAUCAAAAUGUGGAGUAUUGCAGUUGAAGCGGGUCAGCUGUGUCCAGCUAUGCUCAUGGGCUUCUUGUCAUCCUCUGUUGUAGACACACAGAUAGAGCAAAUGACCACUAUAUAGUAAAAAGCCAACCCUCAAUGCUGCUGUGUAAAGUUGCCUGGUGUCAGUGUCGACUGUGUGAUACCCAGGCUGCCUUUGUGCUGAGCUGUGGGGUUCAGAAAAGGCCCUGGAAACCGAUAUCAUCUGUUCUGGUUCUUGUACAGUCUUCAGACCGAGAGACCUAUCUCACCGGAAGCUUCUCUUUAUAAAGCAUUUUACUGUAUGGAAUGGCUUGGUCAACUGUGUUCAGUUCAUAAAUAUGUUUUACAUUUUUAUCUGCUUGUUAUAAAAAUGAACAAAAUAUCUUAAUAAGAAACAUCACAGAUGCAUAAGAAAUUAAA